UCCACACUGCCAACCUUAUGUCUAACCUUAGCCUUACAUUAAGACCAAAAAGAAAACGUUUGUUUUCAUUAAUAUUUACGAUGGCUGUGGUAACUAGUGGAAACCCAAUAACUUUCCUACGCGAUGCACAUCAAUAACAGGCUCUCUGAUUGGUCAGGGAUACAUGAACGGUGCAUUUGUAAAUGGCUUUCCUUGGGAAUAAUGUAAUGUUGUAUUUGUUGUAAUGUAUUAUCAGCACCUUAAAGCAUUUUGUCGCAAUUUUGAGUAACAUUUUGUUGAUCGUCUUGGAUCUGGAAAACGAUGUCGGCCGCAGAAGGCGAUCGCAGUUCGGAACAACUGAAUAAAUUCGAGAAACUGACAGUGAGGCCUCCAGUCAGAGUAGCAGGCCUCCAUAUGCCCCCAGCUCGGAGCGGGCAUCGCUGCGUGGCAGACAACACCAACCUGUACGUGUUCGGGGGGUAUAAUCCGGACUAUGAUGAGUCGGGCGGCCAGGAGAACGAGGACUACCCGCUGUUCAGGGAGCUGUGGAGGUACCACUUUGCCACGGGCACCUGGCAGCAGAUCCGUACAGAGGGCUACAUGCCCACCGAGCUGGCUUCCAUGUCAGCUGUUUUACAUGGAAACAAUCUGCUGGUGUUUGGUGGCACUGGGAUUCCCUUUGGGGAAAACAACGGGAAUGACGUCCACGUCUGCAACGUCAAGUACAAGCGGUGGUCGCUGCUCAACUGCCGAGGGAAGAAGCCCAACCGAAUCUACGGACAGGCGAUGGCCAUCAUUAACAGCUUCCUGUAUGUAUUUGGGGGAACAACGGGCUACAUCUACAGCACAGACCUGCACAGACUGGACCUGAACACUAGAGAGUGGAUCCACCUCAAACCCAACAACCCACCAGACGACCUGCCUGAGGAACGGUACAGACAUGAAAUAGCACACGACCGCCAGAGGAUAUACAUCCUGGGAGGAGGGACCUCCUGGACCUCCUAUCCUCUGGACAAGAUACAUGCGUACAACCUGGAGACAAACUCCUGGGAGGAGAUCUCCACCAAGCCUCAUGAUAAAAUAGGGUACCCUGCUCCCAGGAGAUGUCACAGCUGUGUGCAGAUACGGAACGAUGUGUUUCUAUGCGGAGGUUACAACGGUGAAGUCAUAGUGGCUGAUCUGUGGAAGAUCAACCUACAGACGUUCCAGUGGACCAAGCUCCCAGCAGUGAUGCCUGAGCCAGCCUAUUUCCACUGUGCUGCUGUGACCCCGGCUGGCUGCAUGUACAUCCACGGUGGUGUGGUGAACAUCCACGAGAACAAGCGGACUGGCUCCCUGUUUAAGAUCUGGCUGGUGGUGCCCAGCCUGCUGGAGCUGUGCUGGGAGCGUCUGCUCAAGGCCCACCCCCAGCUGGCUCAGUUGCCCACAAUGCAGCUCCUCCACCUGGGCCUCACACAGGAACUCAUCGAGCGCUUGAAAUAAAGGAGGAUGGAUGGAUGGACGGGAGGAGAUGUCGGACGGAGAACACAGGAUUUAUUUUUAAGGGGGUCGCCUUGAAGGAGUUGAUGGUCCCUCUGCCUACGUAGCCCCGCCUUAAAACCAAAAACAAUGGGAUGCCUUUUUUCUUUUUGCGUUUGGACGUCUGAUGAUUUUAAAGGGAAUCCAAGUGGAAUGUUUCUUGACCCCGCCCCAUUCCCCCGUCUCACCCCCAUUCCCCGUCUCACCCCCACACGCCUCUAGCCUCUCAAUCCGCCUGCCUACAGACCCAGUGCAGACCCAGAAAUCAUUUGCUCCACGGCUUUCAGAUUCACGACGACCCUCACUACUUCCUCAUUUUAUAUUGGCCUUCAUGACUUUAAUAAGAAAGACAUUUCAGAGGAAUGAUUAUUUAUUUGAAGGACGUUUAUUUGUAUGUAUUUUCACGAGACAUCCUGUUCGGCUUUUCUCUCACAUUUAUUUUCUCUCUACAUACAAUUAGGAAAGUUGGCAUGUUUUUGUGUGACAAGGGGAAGGUAGUAUUGGUACCACCCUCAUGCCAGACUUAGACGGAGGUUGUCGUCAGCACUUUUUCCUAUUCAAGGCUUAUUAUUAACAGAUAGUGUCUGAUUUUAAUAGUUUAUGUGUGAAGAACAGACUGAUGCUACUGUAGUUGGGUCUCUAAUAGACCCCUUCCCUUUCACCUAAUACCCAUUUAACACUUAUCUGAUAUGCAUUCAGGUAUCUCGGAUAUACGUACAGGUAUUUGGAACAAUUAUCUCUGAUAUACAGUUCUCUGUGAUAGUUAUCUGUAUCAGUGUCCCAAAUUGCACCCUAUUCUCUCUGUAGUGCACUAUUUUUGACCAAGGGACUUAUAUCCACCAUAGUAGAAACAUAAUAUCAAUGGAAAAUGGGUAAGAGUCAAAACACCUGGUCUCCAUUCAUUCUGAACUGUAUCAGUCACUUUAGUAUGCUUGUGGUAAGUCCAUUUGUAAACUAAAUCAUCCCAUCACUGUGAAUAUGGUGCUCCUUAAAUGUUUUUAUUUAAAUAAAAUUUUCAAUUUCUGUUCCAA